AUGAAGUUCUACAUUACAGCUACUGUUAUUGCCGCUGUUCUUGGCCAGGCCUCGGCUCACUCUUGGGUUGAGGAGAUGCAGGUGAUUGACUCGGCUACUGGCAACUACACUGGCGACUAUGGCUACACUCGUGGCUAUGUUGCUCGCACUGAUCCCGGCUUCAACGGUGAUUCUGUCGACUAUCUUGUGCCAGCCCUUAGCUCUGGUCGCACUCGUAUUGACAGCACUGAUCUUCUCUGCCACCCUGAUCAACGCACCUCCAACUAUACCAACCCAGAGUACCCUCGCCUUCAAGUUGCUCCUGGUUCCUACAUCGCCAUGAAGUACCUUGAGAAUGGUCAUGUCACUCUUCCGCAAAACCAGCCUGGCAAACCUAAAGCUGCUGGCACUGUCUUCGUCUAUGCCACCACGAACCCUUCUGACACUGAGAAAAUCGUUGAUGUCCUCAAAUGGAAUACUGCUGGCAAUGGCGGUGACUCGCGUGGCUCCCAGAUUGCUGCUCAGAGCUUUGACGAUGGACGCUGUCAUCAACUCAACUCCGGCACCAUCUCAAUGCAACGCCAAAAGGCUUUCCCUGAUCGUGUUCCUGGCCAACCUGACUCCAAUAUUGAGCAGUGGUGUGAGACUGAUGUUCAUAUUCCUUCGACUUACAAGUCUGGUCAGACCGUUACCGUUUAUUGGGUUUGGCAGUGGCCCACUGAGGCUGGUGUUGAUCCCACUUACCCCACUGGCAAAGAUGAAUACUACACCUCUUGCGCCGAGAUUGACAUUGUU